AUGGGAGCCUUCAACCCAAACAAUGUUCCCACGUGGACGCACUAUAUCUCUAAACACCUGAUCAUCACUAAUGAGACGUUUUUUGAUGGCCUUGAAUGGAUCUACGGGAAAAAGGCUGAUGGGACGCCAAACUACGGAUGGAAAGAUGAGGGAGACAAGUUCAAGGUUACAGUCUUCACAGAAGAACCAAAGGAUUUGAAGGAGAGGUUACAGACCAUCGGACAGAUUGAAAAAGACUAA